GAAAAAUCCAAUCUUUCUCUUCUUUCUCUCUUUUACUUUCUCUCUUUUACUUUCUCUGACACAAUCCUUCUCUUUCUCAAUCUCUCUCUCUUUCUUCACCAUGAAACCUCCGUCGUUACCGUUACUCCUCCUUCUCCUCCACCUCUCAGCCACUAUCUCCGCCGCUCCUUCACUCUCUCCAACUCCAUCUCCAACCAUCUCUCCCAUUCCACCUCACAAACCUUCCUCCUCCUCUUCCCCAUUAGACCCAAAACAACUCAAAGCCCUCGAAUCUCUCAACAUCCCCACCGUCAAAGAUCCUUGCAACCACCGUCCCACCACCAAAUCCACCUCCUCCUCCGUCGUAACCUGCGACACCAGCUCCCCAUUUCGUCUCGUCACUUCCAUCUCCUUCACAAAUUGCUCCACCGAUCUCUCCAUCUCCACAACAGCUCUCAGAGCUCUCUCACCAUCUCUAACCUCUCUCUCUUUCCUCAACUGCCCAUCUCUCUCACCACCUCCACGUCUCCCUGACUCACUCCACUCCUUCUCCGCCGUCUCCUCCUUCCUCCGCCACCGUAAUGGCCUCUCCGGAGUCUUCCUAGCUCGUCUCGUUAACCUCACUGACCUCACAGUCUCCUCUGUUCCAGUCUCAACCUCUGGUCUCUUCGUUAUCCUCGGAAAUAUGCACAAGAUCGUCUCUUUGACAAUCUCUCACGCAAAUCUCUCCGGAAACAUACCUAAAUCUUUCCACUCAAAUCUCACAUUCAUCGAUUUAUCAGAUAACUUGAUCAAAGGCUCAAUACCCACUUCAAUUACUCUGCUCUCAAACCUAAAGUCUCUAAAUUUAUCCAAAAACUCCAUCUCCGGCGACAUACCCGAUUCAAUCGGCGACCUAAUCUCACUAAAAAACCUAUCUUUAUCCUCCAACAAGCUAUCAGGACCAAUCCCAGAUUCAAUCUCCUCGAUUCCAGAGCUUACACACUUAGAUCUGAGUGGGAACCAACUAAACGGCACCGUUCCGAGAUUCAUCUCCAAGAUGAAGUAUCUCACACACUUGAAUCUAGCUAACAAUGCCUUCCAUGGAGUUCUACCAUUCAAUGCUAGCUUUAUCAAGAAACUUGAAGUGUUCAAAAUCGGUGGAAACAGUGAUCUUUGUUACAACCAUAGUGUUUUGUCAUCGAAGAUGAAAUUGGGUAUUGCUCAGUGUGAUAAACAUGGUUUGCCUUUGUCUCCACCGCCUCAGAAAGAAGAUUCGAAUUCAGAUUAUGAUUAUGGUAAUGAAGAUGAUACUAGUGAGAAGAAGAAAGAAGAACAUCAUGGUCCUAAUAAAGUUGUGCUUGGUGUUGCUAUUGGACUUUCUUCGCUUGUGUUCUUGAUCAUCUUCAUGAUCCUUCUCGCUAAAUGGUGUGGUUGAUUCCAAGAAAUUUGUAUACAGAAA